AUGAAUAAGAGAACCUUUAAAGUUUAUUUUUAAAAAGGCUAAAUCUGUAAAGAAUAUUAUUGUGAAUAUCAAUAAUUAAAGAUAUAAGUAGCAAAAGAUUAUAAUGGAAUUCCUUUCGAUUGUUUAUUAUUAAUCGAUUAAAAUAAUUAAGUCUAUUCUGCAACAUAGUUAAUAAUCUAAAAAUAAUUUGAAUAAUAUUAAUCCUUUUAUGUGUAUGAUGUAAGAGAAAUGUUUUAAGAGAAUCUAGAAAGGUAUAUUAUCGUUGAUAAAUAGAUAAAAACAAUAAUAAUAUAAUGAAAAUUAAGAAAUUUAAUCUUUAAAAGUAAAACUAUAUGACUAUGAUUAAUAAAUAUAGAAGUAGGAGAAAAAAAUUUCUCAAUUUUAAAUUGAAUUUUAAAAUUAAAAAGCUGAAUUAGAAUAAGAAAUUAUUAGAUUAAAUAUUAAGAUUAAAUUUAUGAAUGAUGAAAAAUAAAAAAAUGAAUAUAAUUUCCUUAACUUAAUAGAUGAAAAAAUGAUUCAAAUCAAAAAAGCUGAAACUAAAUAAGAACUUACUGAAAGUGAAAUUGAAAAAUAUAAAACAAUAAUAUAGUAAUUUUAAACAGAAAUUGAAUAUUAAUAGUCUAACAAAUAAUAAGAUAUUAACAAAGUUGAAGAAAAAAAUAGAAAAACUAUUUAGCAAUUAUAAGAAGAAUUAUCAUAACUAGAAAUUAAACUUAGAAAGAAAGAUCAAGAAAUAACAGAUAUGUAAAUGGGCUUUAAAGCAUAAAAAGAAGAAGAUAUGGUAUUAACUGGAUUCUCUUUAAUUGCUUUCAAAAAAAAUGAACAGAUUAUGUAUGAAAAUAUUUAAUUAAAGAGUAAAGUUGAAUUUUUGACAUAAAAACUUAAUAAUUUAUAAAGCAGUAAUUCAUAAAUUACUUAAGCAAAAUGA